UAAUGUCACAGUGGCCUUCACCAAGUCCUUGUUGAGUAAAUGAAUGAUUACUGAAGGAGGGGAGGAAGAAACUUGGGCUACCCAGGGCACGAACACCCAGUUCUUAGGGCUUGUGGAGGGACCUCUGUGAUCAGCUGCAAUGGGCGGGUAAUACACACUUGCGGCUACAUUCAGAAUGAGGGUCUCCCUAUAGACCCAGAGCAUGAAGUUUACCAACAAAAGCCCUCUCCAGGAGCCAGCAGUGAAGGCACAAAGCGAGGGCCACGCGAAAGCACACGCCCCUCGCCGAACCCUGCGCGUGCGCACACCGACCGAGAAGGCGGCCGGCGGCAUUUGGGGCGGUCUCCUUGCCUUCCGUCGGCGUUUCCCUACACCCGCCUCCGAGUCGGAGGAAAUAGAGGAUUGGUUAGCCUGGCCCUGGCUCGGGGCGGGGAUUGGCUGAUUGGCAGCAACGCCCCGGGACAACCAAUCUGGAGGCCUGAGUAGCUGGAGAAGGUGCUGGGUGCCGCGCGGCCGAGGUAUAAUUACAUACAGCAAAAUCCACUCUUUUUGGUGAACAUUUCUAUGGUGAACUGUCAUAUCACUGCUACUACAACCAAGAUAAAAGAAUAGUUCCGUGUUCCUUCUGCUUCCUCUUUAGCUAAGCCAGCCUCUGUGUGCUUUAUGGACCAUGUGCUGCUAUGUAUGCCUGAAACACUUGAAAUGCAAAUUUGGGGAGACUUUGCCAUCUAAAUGCUUGGCUGGAUUAACCGCCUGAUUAGGAUGGUUUUUCAACAAGUUGGAGUAAGCAUGCAAUCGGUACUUUGGUCUGGAAAGCCUUAUGGUUCAUCUCGAAGUAUCGUAAGGAAGAUUGGUACUAAUUUAUCUCUGAUUCAGUGCCCAAGAGUUCAGUUUCAGCUCACCAGCAAUGCACCAGAAUGGAGCCCCAACCCAGGAGAGGAUACAGUGGCGUCUUUGGCUGAUGUUGGAUGGGUAGCCAAAGAAGAAGGAGAAUGUUCAACAAGACUAAGGACAGAGGUCAGGUCAAGGCCACCCCUCCAGGAUGACCUUCCUUUCUUUGAGAAGCCCCCUGGCAGGCAGAUUUCCUCACCAAACUUGUCUCAAGAAGAGUCGCAGCUGAAGACUACGACACUGGCAAAUGAAGAAGCACUGCAGAAGAUCUGUGCACUUGAAAAUGAACUUGCUGUUCUCAGAGCUCAGAUUGCCAAAAUUGUCACCCUGCAAGAGCAGCAACACCUCAUUGCAGGUGAUUUAGAUACUACUGCGUCUGUUACCACAGCAGCACCCCCUCCGCCUCCACCCCCACCCCCACCCCCACCUCCCCCAGCGCUCCACCAAAGUCUGUCUGCCAUUGAUCUGAUUAAAGAGCGAAAGGAGAAAAAAGCCAAUGCUGGAAAGACUUUGGUUAAAAACAAUCCAAAGAAACCCGACAUGCCAAAUAUGCUGGAGAUCCUUAAAGAUAUGAACAGUGUGAAACUCCGGGCAGUGAAGAGGCCAGAGCAAGAUGUAAAGCCCAAGCCAGUGGAUGCUACUGACCCUGGUGCCCUAAUAGCAGAGGCUCUGAAAAAGAAAUUUGCCUAUCGGUAUCGAAAUGAUAGCCCAGGCGAAGUUGAAAAAGGAGUUCCAAAGUGUGAAUCAGAGUCCACUUCAGACACGGUGUUGGGGCACCAGCAUUGUAACAGAAGGGUGGUCACAGGAGGCAAAGCUCGCUCGUGAUCCACUGAUGGGAUGGUGAGAUCAGUUUCCCAUCUUCUGUCACACCUGUAUCAUUCAGUUUUGGAUGCUCACAGCCAAGAGAACAUCUGAAACAAAAGUUAAAAAUAAUUAAACCCCUACAUUUUAUAGUUGAAAGGUAAGUUGGUAUAAUGUUGUCUACAGUGGAUUCUGACUAGUUGAGUGACCUUUUUUUUUUUAUUAAGUAUGGUGUAUUUGCCUUUAUAUAUAUAUAUGUAUGUAUAUAUAUAUUGACAGGCAGAGUGGACAGUGAUACAGAGAGAAAGGUCUUCCUUUGCCGUUGGUUCACCCUCCAAUGGCCGCCGCGGCUGGCGCGCUGCCGCUGGCGCACCGCGCUGAUCCGAUGGCAGGAGCCAGGAGCCAGGUGCUUUUCCUGGUCUCCCAUGGGGUGCAGGGCCCAAGCACCUGGGCCAUCCUCCACUGCACUCCCUGGCCACAGCAGAGAGCUGGCCUGGAAGAGGGGCAACCGGGACAGAAUCCGGCGCCCCGACCGGGACUAGAACCUGGUGUGCUGGCGCCGCAAGGCGGAGGAUUAGCCUAGUGAGUGAGCCUCAGCGCUGGCUUGUGACCUUCAUUCUUGAUGACAGAGGCAAGCAGCAAGGAGACAGAAAACUGAAUCAGACCGCUGGACCUAGAGCUUUUAGAAAUCAUGGCCAAGUCAUACCCCCCGCCCCCUUUUUAAAUACUUAAAAAAAAAAUACUCAGCUCACAAAAUUGAGGAAAUAAUAAUUUUUUAACACAUUCUAUGAAAAAAAGUGCUAAACAAUCAUUAUUACUGUUGUAUUCUUCUAGGCAAAGUCUCCUGUUUCCAAUAGCAUGAUUUCUCCUAGAAUAUGGCCCAUUGCACCUGUGAAAGGUGUCAUCCUAUUUGCACAGGGAUGGGGUAAGACUUAAAUUUUAUUCUGGUUGUCUCCCCAGUCACCUACCCUACUGCAUUAGACCUGGUUCUUUUUGCUGUGUUAGGAAUUUGAGUCUGUAUCUGUGGUGGAAAGGAAGACACAAGUAAUAAUGAAAAUUGUUUCGGUGACUUUUCCAGAAAGUCCUUGCUAUGGGAUAGAACCUGGCAGAUAAGUUUAAACUUUUAUGUGUUCACCCAAAAAAAUCAGCCCUGGGAUUUCCAGGUAGAAUGAGACACUUGGUCUCAAGAAAUAUUGCCCAUUAUUGCUUCAGUAUGUCUCUUGAACCUCCAUCCAUUUUGAGGGCUCAGUUCCUAUGUUGGCCUUAUCUUCAGAUUUAACAUUCUUGACUUGUAAGCCUUGUAAACAGGCUUACUCUUCGUUGGCUACAGCUACCCCUUCAGAACAGACAGGAUAACAGGAAUAGCAUAACCAAGUAAGGAUCUAGAAAUUUUCUACAUCUCUCUGACUGCUGUCCGUAGUUCACCUGUACUAGAAGCCUUAAAAGUUCUACAGCUGAAACUUCUCAGGUAAAUUAUUCUGCUUCAAGUAUGAGUGUAAUUUAGACAUUCUCAGAAGGUUAAUGUUAACCCAAAUAUGCUCCCACUCUGUACUGAACGACUAUCAUGGGGCAGUAUUUCUCAGUUACUUUCUUUGCAGUUGGAAAAAGUUAAUUUGAGGAAGAAAGGUCAGACUCUUCCUAACAGGAGUUUUACUGAAGGCGUAAAAAAGCUUGUUAAGGUUAACCUUGCCGGGGCUGGCACCGUGGCUCACUUGGUUAAUCCUCCGCCUGCGGUGCAGGCAUCCCAUAUGGGCACCGGGGUUCUAGUCCUGGUUGCUCCUCUUCCAGUCCAGCUCUCUGCUGUGGCCCAGAAAGGCAGUGAAUGGCCUAGCUGCUUGUGCUCCUGCACCCACAUGGGAAACCAGGAAGAAGCACCUGGCUCCUAAUAGGUACAGCGCACCAGCCAUAGUAGCCAUUUGGGGGGUGAACCAACGGAAAUUAAGAUCUUUCUCUCACUGUCUGCCUAAUUUAAAAAAAAAAAAAAAGUUAACCCUGCCUAGUGGCCAGCUCUCUUCUUUGGCCAUAUGGACUUUUUAAUGGAAGAAUGAAAGGAAGGUGUAUUCCCCCAGGGAAUUACAUUGUGGAAACCAGGUGACAUGCUGAGGUUGAGAAGUCAUUCUGAAACACUGGUGUUAGCAACAAGGGUAGAAAGUACCCCAGUGCCAAGCAUUGCUUGGAAUCUUCAGAUACUCCUCAUCCACUGCCCCACCAUUCUGCAGUGGGAACACCCUGGCAAUGCAGACAGCUCUGUGACCAAGGACGCAGCCUUGAUGAGCCAUACAAGUCAGAUUCUCUGUCCAGAAUGUGCAUAGCUCAAGUAAGGAUGUCCUGAGGUAUGCUGUAUCCAUGAGGAGCUUCUACAAGGCAAUGAUGAGGACAUGAAGUAGAACAAAUACUCAGAGCAGCCACUGAGCACUUACUGUGUGCCAGUGCAUAAUUUUAUUGUGAUGUGCCACAGGCUAAGCAGCCACUCAAGAGCCUGGGUAACUUUCCCAAGCACCCAAGCCCACGCCUGGCAGAGUGUUGAGACAAUGCUUUAAAAAUUGCACAUAUAUUGCCUUCCUGAGCAAAAACUGCUAGGUAGAGAAGAAAUGGGAAGAGGAGGAGGAGGGUAAAAGAACGCCCAGAUGCAGUAAGAGGGGCCAUCUCACAUUAGAUGCCAGGUUCUCCUUCCUACAGCCCUGACUCACAAGGGUUCUGUCAUGCACGUGAAUCCUGAUCAGAGUGGAAAGAACUUGAAGGAAUCAGUCUCAGCCCUCUGACGGAAACACCCGACUUCUAGCUUGCAAUGACUCCAAGGUGCAAACUGCAGAGUUGUUUUCUGCAGGUGUUCACUAGGAACUUUGGGCGGUGUGAGUAAGUUCACGUUCGUGUACUACCCAUUUCCAUCCCCUGCCCCUCAACAGGAUGGUAUUAGGAAGUGGUGCCUUUGGGAGGUAAAUUAAGGUCAGGGUGGUGAUCCCAUGAUGGGACUGGUGGUCUUAUGAGAGGGAGAGAGCUGGCCCUCUACCCUGUCUACAUGAGGGUAGAACCAGAAGUCGCCAAGUCUGAUCCUGGAAAGCAGCCUUCACAAGAACCAGAGCAUUCUCGGUAUGAGAAAUGUAUUGCUUCUAAGUCGCCCAGUCUGUGGUACUUUGUGAUAGCAACUGACCGCACUAAGACAUUCCUUCACAAUAUUGCCUUCAGAAAGUCUGUCUUCAUAUGGAACUUUUAUAAAUUGCAGAUAAGAUGAGGGAACUUACCUCGGAAUAUCAUCACAGUUGCCUGGACUUGUCAUGGCUCAGCAAUACAAAAAUACUUCAAAUCUGUCUUUUUUAAAAAAAAUUUCAAAUUAGAGCUUAAAAAUAAUUGUUGUAGUUCCAAUACAGGAAUGGAAGUCUGUUACCAUCACCAUACUACUACACUGAGUUUCAUAUUGAACAUUUAAAACUCUACAUUAGAAUCAAAUCAUUUUCACAUUACUAAUGAUAAAAAAUUAUGAGAUUAUUUUAAUCACUAAAUGAAACCACCCUCCUAAGUAACACCCCAACACAUUACUCAUUUUGUACACUUAUGGAAACCUAUUAUGAAAGUCUGUACACAGUCACCCAUUUUGAUAAACCAUGCUGUGUAAUUUUUAAUACCACUUUUCUUACAUCCAGUGCCAUGUUCUGCACACAACAGGAACUCAGAUACUGCUUACCACAUGACUUCCGCAAAGACAAACCAGCUUUGAUAAAAUUUCUCCUACUGAAAAACUGAAACACAUUAAAUUCAAGUUAGUUUGUUCAGCAAACAUUUAUUGAUGGCCCAAUUUAUGCCAGCCCUGUGUUGAUCACAGGAACGAGGAGAUCCAUUGUGAGGGCUCCAGUGGCUGUCCCACCUACAGACCAUUGACCCUUGGGGUCCUCUCAAUGACACAGGUCACCUGCAGGUCCCUGGUGAAGGAGUGGCUGCAUACUAAGUCUGGCACAAGUCAAUACCACUUUGUUCCAAAUGUAUGCUGAUGCUGUGCUGACAUUUCUUUCAAAGUAAUACUGAAAACAUACUCACUUUGUGGUCAUUGUAUAUUUUCUUAAUUGGCAUUUAUUUAUGUCCUGAAAAACAUUGGAAACCUGUAAUGUGAAUGUUUUUAAAGUUUUAUGAAAAUAAAGUUGGGGCUGGUGCUGUGGCGUAGUGGGUAAAGCCGCCACCUGAAAUGCCAGUAUCCCAUAUGGGCACCAGUUUGAGACCCAGCUGCUGCACUUCCAAUCCAGCUCUCUGCUAUGGCCUGGGAAAGCAGUAGAAGAUGGCCCAAGUCCUUGGGCCCCUGCACCCACGUGGGAGAUCCAGAAGAAGCUCCUGGGCUCCUGGCUUCAGAUCGGCACAGCUCCAGCUGUUGCAACCAUUUAGGGAAUGAACCAGCGGAUCUCUCUUUCUCUCUGCCUCUGCCUUCCAAAUAAAUAAAUAAAUCUUUAAAAAAUUUAGAAAGCUUAAUAAAAGCCAAUAUUUUUGGAAUCUUUCCCUGUACUUCAUGUACAAAUAUGUUUCAAGUUUGCAAAGGACAUAAAAUUUUAAUUCUUUUAUAUAAAAUGGUCAUUACAAGCCAUCACAUGUACAAAUUUUGACCAGAAACUAUAUAUACAUAUUUAUAUAGAUAUAUAUAUUUAAUUAAGCAAAGACUUGUCAAGGGUUUCUCCCAAGGACAUUUUACUCCUAGGAGUGCGGACUCCCUCACUACUGCAGUGCUGGGCCCAGAGGACAGCUAUAAAGCUGUGGAAUCUCCUCUUUUAUCUUGAAAAUUUAUGUAGAUUAUGCAUUCUGUUCCAUAAUAAUACAAGGACACUUCAGAAAGUUUGUGGAAGAAUGGGAUUAAGAGGUAAAUUUGGUACAGAAGCCUUGAAAUCCAUAGUUUCUUCAUAAUACACAUUUUCCAUGAAUCUUUUGAAGACCUCCAUGGAUGUACAUCUUUUUUUGUACCAAAAUAAACAAUUCUAUUUUCCACAAAUUUUGAAGUUCCCCACUUACAUUUUUAUAUGUCAUCUAAAUAUCUCAAAUUUUUGUAAAAAAUCAGUGUUCAAGGAAUACAGGUUGUAUUUAAGCAACAAGGCUACAGGUGGUUUUCACAUAUAUGUAACAACACAGUUUUUCAGUGGGUUUAUUUAAUAUGCUGGCAGGAACACUGAACUGUUCCCCUGAGGAAGUGGAAAUAACAAGAUCAUGCUUUGAGUAAUAACUCGAACACACACACAUGGAUCAGAGAAAUAGGCAAUAGGCAGUCCCAUACAAGCAGAAAGGAGCCCAGGGCAGGCUGCACUGAAGCAAGGCUGAGGACAGUGUAGCUCAUGAAUCUGCCAUUCAGAAGUAACCACUGACAGAGAAUCUGUAGCAUCUUCCAGGGCAGGAGGGAACCCUGGUCCACAAAUAUGAAUUUCACCAGGCAUAUCCCCCCAGGGAGAUGGAUGGAUGGAUGCGUGAGGUAACUUGCUUCCUUUGCUCAGAAUCCAUGCUCACCAAGUAACUGGCUGAUGAUAAUUUGGCUUCCAAAGACUGGCCUAAAGGGAGGGGAUGACUGAUAGUUACAUGUCUUAGUCACAUGUCUCACUGUAAAUUAAAAUGCUGCUACUACUUUUAAAAUAUCAAUUACUGUGAGACUGAUUUGCAUGGUGGGCCAUGAGAUGAUGGUUCCUCUCCCUGUACUGACAAACUAGGUCUGUGAGUUUGUAAGAUCAUUAUCAUUCUCUGAUAAAUCAAACCUGCCCAGUGAUGUCACUUCAUGUUAGCAGCCAGUUGACCUUCCCCAGGUAACACUCCACUCUGCUACCUCAGGUCUCUACCCACCUCAUCUAGAACAGUAGCCAUUAGCUACACGUGAACACUGGGCACCUGAAACGUGGCAUAGCAUAAAUUGAGAUGUGCUACAAAUAUAAAAUACAUGUUAUAUGUCAAAGACUUAGUGCCAAAAAAAAAGGCAAAACAUCUCAGUUGUUAUAUUGGCUACAUGUUUUCAAAUGGUAAAAUGUUUUGGUUACAUGAGAAUAAAUAUUAAAUAUUCCAUCUAAAUUGGCUACUAGAAAAUUGAAAAUUGUUUCUGUGGCUACCAUAAUAUUUCUAUUGGACUUCACUCUUCUAUACAAACAACGAUACAUUUGACUUCAAAAUCGGCUCAAUAUACCUUCUAAUGAAUUGGAUGUGGAAAGACCUGGGGGAGGCCCAGGAGUACCUUUUUUACACUGGUUAUCAAACAAGCAGAAUAAGGCGCCAUUUCUUACUGCUUUAUUUUAAAAUGGCCAAUGAGAGACAUAAAUACAACUAGUAUUUUAGUACUUACAAGAGUGCUGAUGUCUUCUGCAGUUCCCAACUGUGGGAAGAAAAUGUUGUGGACUCAAGAGCCCUGGCUCACAGCUGGCUUCCACCGCUGCAUCAGUCAGCAUUCAGCAAACCAUGCAAUAGGGCGGGCCUCAGCCUGCACACCACAAGGUGCAGAUAGAUAAUGGCAGAUGACCUCUUAGGAUGGUGCCUGCACACAGCUCCAACUGAGUAAGCCUCUGCUGAGCGAAUGCAAGAGCCGAGAAGCUAAGUCUGACUUCCUAGUCAUUUAGUAUUGUGAAUUCCAAAGGACUGAGUUACAAUGUAAAUAUCAAAGAUAAAAAUGUGAAAAGAUAGGUUUUUAUUCAUCAAAAGUUAACAGCAACAGGCACAUAUUAAAAUGAGUAUGGCAAAGCCUUUUACAAAUGGCUUUACACUCAAGCUUUCUCCCAAGAAAAUGGCUGUUGCAACAAACUGUAAACAUAAUUAAUAAACAGUCUUUUACAGUAACAAGGGAAAUACAAAUGAACUAAAAGAAAGCACCGGUUUCUCUUUAAAACUAGAUUACAGUUGUGCUUACUAUACAUAAAACAAUUUAAAACAAAUUACAAAAGUGGAAUGUUUUACGUUUAAAAUUAGUCCUUAAGUUUUUGUCCUAGAAAACAUCUGUUCACAUCAAAAGGCCCAUCAAGGGUAACGUUUCAUCAAAGGGAGGGACAAGAAAACAAUGCACUUUUUUUUUUUUUUUUUUU